AUGAGUCAAAGUAGUUUACUUUCAAAACGAGUUUUGGAUGAAUCGUCGUCGGAUGAUGAUGAUGAUUUCAUCAUUUCGGCAGCUCAAAUCGUACAAAGUGCAUCCCUUCUUCAGAAAAAGCAAGGCGGUUCUGUCCCAGGGCGUACAUAUAUAUAUCGAAAUAGAGAAGAAGGACACGCAAGACUAUAUCAAGAUUAUAUUGAUGAAAACCCCACAUACGGCCCAAGCUUAUUUCGACGGAGAUUUAGGAUGAAUCGACCAUUAUUUCUUCGUAUAUUGAAAUCAGUAGAAGAGCAUGAUGAAUACUUUCAACAGUCAAUAAAUGCAGCUCAUCAACUUGGACUUAGUUGCUUACAGAAAGUUACUGCAGCAUUUCGGAUGCUUACUUAUGGAGUACCAGCAGAUGCUACAGACGAGUAUGUUCGUAUUGGAGAAAGUACAUCCAUACAAAGUCUAAAGAAAAUUGUGAAAGCUGUUAUUGAAAUUUUUGGAGACGAGUACUUGAGGGAACCUAAUGAGAAUGAUAUAGCUAAGUUAUUUGCAAUUGGCAAAGAAAGAGGUUUUCCUGGUAUGCUUGGUUACAAGCAUAAACCUACAAUAAUUUUGGAAGCAGUUGCUUCAAAAGAUCUAUAUAUUUGGCAUGCUUUUUUUGUUUUACCGGGUUCCCUUAAUGACAUCAAUGUUCUUCAUCGAUCUCCACUAUUCAGUAAGCUAUCCAACGGAGAAGCUCCUAAAGUUAAUUACAACAUAAAUGGUCAUGAUUAUACAAUGGGAUACUACCUAGCUGAUGGCAUAUACCCAUCUUGGGCUACAUUGGUUAAGACUAUACCAGAACCACGUGGCAGUAAAAGGACAUACUUUGCAAAAGCACAGGAAGCAGUGCGUAAGGAUGUGGAACGAGCUUUUGGAGUGCUGCAAUCUGAAAGGGAAUUAGAUGAGGGAAUAGUUGAUCCCAACGAACGCUUUGACAAUGGAGGAGGUAAUGUUCAACCAUCACAUGACCAUACAACAGAUCUCGAUGAAUUUAUUGAGAACCAUAUGAAAAUCAGGAAUAAGGAGACUCACCAUCAACUUCAAGAAGAUCUAGUCGAGUACCUAUGGCAACACCAUCCAGACAUGUAUACAUAG